ACUUCCGGUACGCGAGCGGUGCGUGGUGACGUCACGGCGGCGCUGCCUUGUGCCUUUCCUGUGUGUGGGCACCGUUCUCCGGCACCAUGAGCACUAUGUUUGCGGACACCUUGCUGAUCGUGUUUAUAUCGGUGUGCACGGCGCUGCUGGCGGAGGGCAUCACAUGGGUUUUAGUUUACAGGACAGAGAAGUACAAGAGGUUAAAAGCAGAAGUGGAAAAGCAAAGUAAAAAAUUGGAAAAGAAAAAAGAAGCUAUAACAGAAUCUGCCGGACGCACACAAAAGAAAAAAAUAGAACGUCAGGAGGAGAAGCUGAAGAAUAAUAAUCGUGAUUUGUCCAUGGUUCGGAUGAAGUCAAUGUUUGCUAUUGGCUUUUGCUUCACUGCUUUGAUGGGCAUGUUCAACUCAAUUUUUGAUGGUCGUGUUGUGGCAAAAUUACCGUUCGUUCCCUUGUCAUAUAUUCAAGGGCUAUCGCACAGGAAUCUUUUGGGAGAGGAUUUUACUGACUGCUCAUUUAUUUUUCUCUACAUACUUUGCACUAUGUCUAUCCGACAGAACAUCCAGAAGAUGCUGGGACUCGCACCUUCUCGGGCGGCUACCAAGCAGGCUGGAGGAUUCUUGGGACCUCCUCCACAAGCUGGAAAGUUCUCAUAGUGGAACUGGCAGACUAUCACUACUGUCUUUGUUGCGUGUCCAUGCCAUUGAAUUCCCCAUUCACAAGUUGUACAUUGAAUCUAUAGUCAUAAAUGACUGAUAAGGUUUUGUAUGUCAAAGAUGUGUCACUCGAUUAGUGACAAACUAAUGCUUUUUUUUCAAAUAAACCAUUUUAACUCGCUAA